GUGAUUGGUACGCCCCAGAGGCCUAGUGUUUCCAGUGCCAUACUGGUGAAUAGCCCUCACACACCCAACUCCCAGUUCCUCACACAGAGCCAGCCGGUCGACGCGUCGCCAUGGUCCUCGGGGUGAGUCACUACCCCGCCCUCCCAAAUUUCUACCCCACAUCCUGGCAGGUCACUUAGGAGGCACCCCCUCCUCUCUCUGUUCAUUGAGCAGCUAGCUGGUUUGAGACGUUUAGUCAAUUUAUUGUUUGCGCCUGUGUGCGGUAUACCAGUGUAAUCUAGAAAUAAACAGCUGUUUGACCACUACUUUGUUCACAGGAAGCGUGGUAAGAAGGGGGAGAAGAAUGGCAAGGGUCUGAGGCAUUUCUCCAUGAAGGUGUGUGAGAAGGUGCAGAAGAAAGGGGUGACAACCUACAACGAGGUGGCAGACGAGCUGGUGGCAGAGUUCAGCGCUACAGACAACCACAUCUCCCCCAACGACUCAGUGAGUUCUGCAGCUGUAUGCACAUAAUGCACAGGGCUCUACCUCAGAACAGGCUGGGGAGGUCUUUAUGACAUCACUUUUCUCCAUUAUGACAUGGCACAUUCUGUCUGACUGAAUAGGUCGUUAUCAAUAAAACCUCACAAUACGGUGCAGAGCGUUCGAUUUUGCUGCUGGGGUGCAAGAAGACCCCCAGCUCCGCUAAACCAUUGACAACUAUGUGCCAUUUUCAAGGGAUUGUUAAAUAACUAUUUGGUUUUAAUAUCAUCUAUUGAAAAGCAUAGUCUGAACUACACAUUUGCAAUUAUUCCACAUUUAUCUUUAUCAUCAGUUAUACAGCAAGUAACUGCAUGCUUUUCAUGAUCAGUAAACCUCCAAUUGUUCAUGUGUUUUCAGAUACUUGAGGGUAGUCUAUCCAUUUGGCAUGUAGCUAGCUAGCUAAGCAAACAACGUGCCAUUUAGCUUGCUUCAUCAGAAAUUAGGCUUUUGGAAAGAGCUUGACAUUGUCCUCGUCCUGGUAAAGUUGUCAGUCGGACUACUGUCAUCACCACUAUAGAUGUCAAGCAAAUAUAGCCCCUGAAAGUUAGUUAGUUAACUAGCCAUAUUGAUGUGAUCUGUUAUUCGCUAGCUAGCCAAUUUGACGUUGUCCAUCAAUCAAUGUAGCCUAUCAUGUCUGUCAGCAGCAAUCGUGAUUAAACACAGAAAAAUACAUUAGGUCUACUUACCACUGUUUAGCCAACUGUACAACGUUUCUACCGGUAGCUUGCAAAGUAAACAUUAUCAGUUAACAGUACAUCGGCAAAUGCGCCCUUCUGCUGCUUGACAGGCAGAGCCCACAAAGGAGGGAAAUUAACCUAAACCACUCAUACUUGUCAGGUAUAGUUGACUUUUAUUUUAUAGAACUCAAAUAUCCAAUUAUUGGUGGCCAAUAUUGAGCGAUAUCAUGAGGCUACUCUCACAUCUGAAAUGACAUGAUCAAUUGUUUACUGAUCAUGAAAAGCAUGCAGUUACUUGCUGUAUAACUCUGAUAGAGCUAAAAGUGCACAAUUGUUUUGUAUGGAACAAUCGCAAAUGUGUAGUUCUGACUAUGCUAGUACAACCAAAUAGUUAACAUUCACUCUUGCCUCGUUCGUGCUAGUCGGAACUCUGACAUUUCUGACUUGCUAACUGGUUGAACAUGGCACAUGUAUAACUACAACCAGUUAGCAAGUCGGAAGUUUCUGAGUUUCCUAGUUCCGACAGAACUCCUCAUUAUGACACCACUCUCUCUGACAGAACUCCUCAUUAUGGCACCACUCUCUCUGACAGAACUCCUCAUUAUGACACCACUCUCUCUGACAGAACUCCUCAUUAUGACACCACUCUCUCUGACAGAACUCCUCAUUAUGACACCACUCUCUCUGACAGAACUCCUCAUUAUGACACCACUCUCUCUGACAGAACUCCUCAUUAUGACACCACUCUCUCUGACAGAACUCCUCAUUAUGACACCACUCUCUCUGACAGAACUCCUCAUUAUGACACCACUCUCUCUGACAGAACUCCUCAUUAUGACACCACUCUCUCUGACAGAACUCCUCAUUAUGGCACCACUCUCUCUGACAGAACUCCUCAUUAUGGCACCACUCUCUCUGACAGAACUCCUCAUUAUGGCACCACUCUCUCUGACAGAACUCCUCAUUAUGGCACCACUCUCUCUGACAGAACUCCUCAUUAUGGCACCACUCUCUCUGACAGAACUCCUCAUUAUGGCACCACUCUCUCUGACAGAACUCCUCAUUAUGGCACCACUCUCUCUGACAGAACUCCUCAUUAUGGCACCACUCUCUCUGACAGAACUCCUCAUUAUGGCACCACUCUCUCUGACAGAACUCCUCAUUAUGGCACCACUCUCUCUGACAGAACUCCUCAUUAUGGUACCACUCUCUCUGACAGAACUCUUCAUUAUGACACCACUCUCUCUGACAGAACUCAUCAUUAUGACACCACUAUCUCUGACAGAACUCCUCAUUAUGACACCACUCUCUCUGACAUAACUCCUCAUUAUGGCACCUCUCUCUGACAGAACUCUUCAUUAUGACACCACUCUCUCUGACAGAACUCUUCUAUCACUUUCUCUCAGACAGAACACAUAAUUGUGGCUUCACUCAGACAAAACAAACCUCUUUAUGACAUCACCUGUUUAGGAAAUGAAGAUUCUCUGACUUGGUCUUCCUUAAGCCUAAUUUACUUGCGCUACGUCCGCUCUCGUCCACAUAGGGUUUUGUGUCCACAUUCACCUCCUAAGAAAAGUUCUGCGGAGAUUUCGAAAUCCAUGUGCAACAGGAGCGGACGUUCCAUAUUGCAUAAAUUAGGCUUUAGGACACUGGUUUUCUUACAACAUCACCUCACAAACCCAUCGGAAGCUCUCUGCACGCACAGGAAUCAAAGUCAGAGAUUAACCCCUUCCCCCUCUCCUUGUAGCAUGUGUAUGACCAGAAGAACAUCCGACGGCGUGUGUACGACGCGCUCAACGUGCUCAUGGCCAUGAACAUCAUCUCUAAAGAGAAGAAAGAGAUCAAGUGGAUCGGUCUGCCCACCAACUCAGCACAGGAAUGCCAGAACCUAGAAGUGAGAGUAUAUUCACACACACACACACACACACACCUGGUCAACCAUGAACUCUCCUCCUUCCUCAUUCCCCCUUUUCUCUUAUGCUCUGACACCUUGUCUGUGUUCUGCUCUUCCUUUGUAGGUGGAGAGACAAAGGAGACUGGAUAGGAUCAAGCAGAAGCAGUCACAACUCCAAGAGCUCAUAUUACAGGUGAUCAUAGGACAAGCCUGCCUCAUAGACAACAAUACAAGGGGAACAUAAAAUACAAGACCACAGGUUGACUUAACAAUAUUCUAACAUUCUCUCCAUGAUGUUCCCCUCCUGCAGCAAAUAGCCUUUAAGAACCUGGUGCAGCGGAACAGACAGACGGAACAGCAGGCCAACAGACCUCCGCCCCCCAACUCUCUCAUCCACCUCCCCUUCAUCAUCAUCAACACCAGCAAGAAGACCGUCAUCGACUGUAGCAUCUCCAAUGACAAGUGAGCGACUGUGUGUGUGUGUGUUGGAGUAUGUCAGUGUAAAUUGAUCAUCAACUUAAUUAAUGUAAAGCCAUUUUAUUUUGUCCCACAUUGAAGCCAUGGCAACACACCGAUUAGAGUUUUCCAUGGUUGAAAGCUCUAACCAUGCCAUUAUAUUCUUCACCUCUUCCUCUCCCAUUCCACUCUUCAGGUUUGAGUACCUGUUUAACUUUGACAACAUGUUUGAGAUCCACGACGACAUUGAGGUGCUGAAGCGUAUGGGCAUGGCCUGUGGCCUGGAGGUGGGCAAGUGUUCCCCGGAGGACCUGAAGGUGGCACGCAGCCUGGUGCCCAAAGCCCUGGAGCCCUAUGUCACAGGUCAGAGGUCAUAGGGAUCAGGGGGUCAUAGCGCAUGCUUAAACUUCAUGCCCAAAUCAUCUGUCAUAGCUUGAGUCAUUGAGCUUCACACAAUCCCUUUUAAUGUAAGUGAGAUGAAUUGGGCAUUAAUUGUAAAACAUGUUGAUCAUUCAGGGUACAUUGGCUAUGAGAAACAAGGGCCUGUGUGGUUUGCUCUAAGGUAUAUAUGUGAUGUGUGUACUACUGUCUCUCACAUAGAGAUGGCCCAGGGCCCCAUCAGUAAUGUCUACAUCACUGGAGGAUCCUCCACCAACGGGCGGCGCCAUCACGGCCAGGGCAGGUGAGUCUCUCUCCUCAAGUGUUGGCCUAGUCAGGCUUGCCAUCGGCACAUUCACAUAGAAAUAUAUGGUAACACUUAGGGAUGUAACAAUUCACCGAUACGCAUCGGUCCCCGAUUCAAAGGUUCAAGAUACAAGUGCAUCAGUCCGCGGAGCCCAACCCGAUCCAAAUGUAUCAUGCAUCGGUCAGAAAAUCAAUUCAAACAUUACGAAUCACGGGUUCACAAAUGUAUUUAGCUCAUGUUACAUUCUUUCUACCUUCUGAAAAUACCUCAUAUUUUGUGACAACUGAUGCAUCUUCUCCUUCAGUGUCGAACUGCAUGUAACUGUGUUGCCAGUCAUUGAUCUACAAGUAAUUUUUCAUGCUGAACAACGCCAGGCAAUAUCGGUAGUCAAACUGCACACUGUGCCCAGCUUCGCGCACUGACUAACGGGAGGUAGAUGGCCUGUUCAAAUCAAAUCAAAUCAAAUCAAAUUUUAUUGGUCACAUGCGCCGAAUACAACAGGUGCAGACAUUACAGUGAAAUGCUUACUUACAGCCCUUAACCAACAGUGCAUUUAUUUUAAACAAAAAAAGUAAGAGUAAAACAACAACAAAAAAAGUGUUGAGAAAAAAAAAAAAAGAGCAGAAGUAAAAUAAAGUGACAGUAGGGAGGCUAUAUAUACAGGGGGGUACCGUUGCAGAGUCAAUGUGCGGGGGCACCGGCUAGUUGAGGUAGUUGAGGUAAUAUGUACAUGUGGGUAGAGUUAAAGUGACUAUGCAUAAAUACUUAACAGAGUAGCAGCAGCAUAAAAAGGAUGGGGUGGGGGGGGCAGUGCAAAUAGUCCGGGUAGCCAUGAUUAGCUGUUCAGGAGUCUUAUGGCUUGGGGGUAGAAGCUGUUGAGAAGUCUUUUGGACCUAGACUUGGCACUCCGGUACCGCUUGCCGUGCGGUAGCAGAGAGAACAGUCUAUGACUAGGGUGGCUGGAGUCUUUGACAAUUUUGAGGGCCUUCCUCUGACACCGCCUGGUAUAGAGGUCCUGGAUGGCAGGAAGCUUUGCCCCAGUGAUGUACUGGGCCGUACGCACUACCCUCUGUAGUGCCUUGCGGUCGGAGGCCAAGCAGUUGCCAUACCAGGCGGUGAUGCAACCAGUCAGGAUGCUCUCGAUGGUGCAGCUGUAGAAUUUUUUGAGGAUCUGAGGACCCAUGCCAAAUCUUUUUAGUCUCCUGAGGGGGAAUAGGCUUUGUCGUGCCCUCUUCACGACUGUCUUGGUGUGUUUGGACCAUGAUAGUUCGUUGGUGAUGUGGACACCAAGGAACUUGAAGCUCUCAACCUGUUCCACUACAGCCCCGUCGAUGAGAAUGGGGGCGUGCUCAGUCCUCUUUUUUUUUUCCUGUAGUCCACAAUCAUCUCCUUUGUCUUGGUCACGUUGAGGGAGAGGUUGUUGUCCUGGCACCACACGGCCAGAUCUCUGACCUCCUCCCUAUAGGCUGUCUCAUCGUUGUCGGUGAUCAGGCCUACCACUGUUGUGUCGUCGGCAAACUUAAUGAUCAAAUCAAAUCAAAUCAAAUUGUAUUGGUCACAUGCGCCGAAUACAACAGGUGCAGACAUUGCAGUGAAAUGCUUACUUACAGCCCUUAACCAACAGUGCAUUUAUUUUAAACAAAAAAAGUAAGAAUAAAACAACAACAACAAAAAAGUGUUGAGAAAAAAAGAGCAGAAGUAAAAUAAAGUGACAGUAAGGAGGCUAUAUAUACAGUAAAAUAAAGUGACAGUAGGGAGGCUAUAUAUACAGGGGGGUACCGUUGCAGAGUCAAUGUGCGGGGGCACCGGCUGGUUGAGGUAGUUGAGGUAAUAUGUACAUGUGGGUAGAGUUAAAGUGACUAUGCAUAAAUACUUAACAGAGUAGCAGCAGCGUAAAAAGGAUGGGGUGGGGGGGCAGUGCAAAUAGUCCGGGUAGCCAUGAUUAGCUGUUCAGGAGUCUUAUGGCUUGGGGGUAGAAGCUGUUGAGAAGUCUUUUGGACCUAGACUUGGCACUCCGGUACCGCUUGCCGUGCGGUAGCAGAGAGAACAGUCUAUGACUAGGGUGGCUGGAGUCUUUGACAAUUUUGAGGGCCUUCCUCUGACACCGCCUGGUAUAGAGGUCCUGGAUGGCAGGGAGCUUUGCCCCAGUGAUGUACUGGGCCGUACGCACUACCCUCUCUAGUGCCUUGCGGUCAGAGGCCAAGCAGUUGCCAUACCAGGCGGUGAUGCAACCAGUCAGGAUGCUCUCGAUGGUGCAGCUGUAGAAUUUUUUGAGGAUCUGAGGACCCAUGCCAAAUCUUUUUAGUCUCCUGAGGGGGAAUAGGCUUUGUCGUGCCCUCUUCACGACUGUCUUGGUGUGUUUGGACCAUGAUAGUUCGUUGGUGAUGUGGACACCAAGGAACUUGAAGCUCUCAACCUGUUCCACUACAGCCCCGUCGAUGAGAAUGGGGGCGUGCUCAGCCCUCUUUUUUUUCCUGUAGUCCACAAUCAUCUCCUUUGUCUUGGUCACGUUGAGGGAGAGGUUGUUGUCCUGGCACCACACGGCCAGAUCUCUGACCUCCUCCCUAUAGGCUGUCUCAUCGUUGUCGGUGAUCAGGCCUACCACUGUUGUGUCGUCGGCAAACUUAAUGAUGGUGUUGGAGUCGUGCCUGGCCAUGCAGUCAUGGGUGAACAGAGAGUACAGGAGGGGACUGAGCACGCACCCCUGAGGGGCCCCCGUGUUGAGGAUCAGUGUGGCAGAUGUGUUGUUACCUACCCUUACCACCUGGGGGCGGCCCGUCAGGAAGUCCAGGAUCCAGUUGCAGAGGGAGGUGUUUAGUCCCAGGAUCCUUAGCUUAGUGAUGAGCUUAGAGGGCACGAUGGUGUUGAAUGCUGAGCUGUAGUCAAUGAAUAGCAUUCUCACGUAGGUGUUCCUCUUGUCCAGGUGGGAAAGGGCAGUGUGGAGUGCGAUAGAGAUUGCAUCAUCUGUGGAUCUGUUGGGGCGGUAUGCAAAUUGGAGUGGGUCUAGGGUUUCUGGGAUAAUGCUGUUGAUGUGAGCCAUGACCAGUCUUUCAAAGCACUUCAUGGCUACAGACGUCAGUGCUACGGGUCGGUAGUCAUUUAGGCAGGUUAUCUUAGAGUCCUUGGGCACGGGGACUAUGGUGGUCUGCUUGAAACAUGUUGGUAUUACAGACUCAGUCAGGGACAUGUUGAAAAUGUCAGUGAAGACACUUGCCAGUUGGUCAGCACAUGCUCGGAGUACACGUCCUGGUAAUCCGUCUGGCCCUGCGGCCUUGUGAAUGUUGACCUGCUUAAGUCUUACUCACAUCGGCUACGGAGAGCGUGAUCACAUAGUCAUCCGGAACAGCUGGUGCUCUCAUGCAUGCUUCAGUGUUGCUUGCCUCGAAGCGAGCAUAGAAGUGGUUUAGCUCGUCUGGUAGGCUUGUGUCACUGGGCAGCUCGCGGCUGUGCUUCCCUUUGUAGUCUGUAAUAGUUUUCAAGCCCUGCCACAUCCGACGAGCGUCAGAGCCCGUGUAGUAUGAUUCAAUCUUAGACCUGUAUUGACUCUUUGCCUGUUUGAUGGUUCGUCGGAGGUCAUAGCGGGAUUUCUUAUAAGUGUCCGGGUUAGAGUCCCGUUCCUUGAAAGCGGCAGCUCUACCCUUUAGCUCAGUGCGGAUGUUUCCUGUAAUCCAUGGCUUCUGGUUGGGGUAUGUACGUACGGUCACUGUGGGGACGACAUCCUCGAUGCACUUAUUGAUGAAGCCAGUGACUGAUGUGGUGUACUCGUCAAUGCUGUCUGAAGAAUCCCGGAACAUGUUCCAGUCUGUGCUAGCAAAACAGUCCUGUAGCUUAGCAUCUGCGUCAUCUGACCACUUUUUUAUUAACCGAGUCACUGGUGCUUCCUGCUUUAGUUUUUGCUUAUAAGCAGGAAUCAGGAGGAUAGAGUUAUGGUCAGAUUUGCCAAAUGGAGGGCGAGGGAGAGCUUUGUAUGCGUCUCUGUGUGUGGAGUAAAGGUGGUCUAGAGUUUUUUUCCCUCUGGUUGCACAUUUAACAUGCUGGUAGAAAUUAGGUAGAACGGAUUUAAGUUUCCCUGCAUUAAAGUCCCCGGCCACUAGGAGCGCUGCAUCUGGAUGAGCGUUUUCCUGUUGAUUAAUGGCCUUGUACAACUCAUUCAGUGCAAUCUUAAUGCCAGCAUUGGUUUGUGGUGGUAAAUAGACAGCUAUGAAAAAUAUAGAUGAAAACUCUCUUGGUAAAUAGUGUGGUCUACAGCUUAUCAUAAGAUACUCUACCUCAGGCGAGCAAAACCUCGAGACUUCCUUAGUAUUUGAUUUUGUGCACCAGCUGUUGUUUACAAAUAUACACAGACCGCCACCCCUUGUCUUACCGGAGCCAGCCGUUCUGUCCUGCCGAUGUAGCGUAUAGCCUGCUAGCUGAAUGUUAUCAUUGUUGUCGUUCAGCCACGACUCCGUGAAACAUAAGAUAUUACAGUUUUUAAUGUCCCGUUGGUAGGAUAACCGUAAUCUUAAAUCGUCCAUUUUAUUUUCAAAAGAUUGAACGUUGGCUAAUAGGAUUGAUGGAAGAGGCAGUUUACUCGCUCGCCGUCGGAUCCUUACAAGGCACCCCGAUCUGCGUCCGCGAUAUCUCCGUCUCUUCCUCACUCUUCCUGAUCUGGCACAUCUGCACAGCACCUUCAGCAUUCAAUUGCUAAAAUGACUUGUGUGAUAUUAGGCUUUUUUAGUUGAGUGACAACCUGUGUAAUUAGUUGGUUAUUGUUAUCUAUGCGCUGUUGAAAAUGGUGUUUUACCGGAAUAAAAGUAAGCUACCGGAGACAACCCUCAUCUGGCUAUACCUGCUGAACGGGGCUUACAAAAUAUUUUAUUUUGAUUGUUUAGGUUCACCAUCAGCAAUAGUUUUGGUAGUUUUGCUUUAAACAAUCAGUGUAUACAGUCAUUUUCAGAUAUAGAGGGUAAAGUUGAUCAUUUCAUAACGAUGACAGCAAUCACUUUUGCGAGGCACACCGCAUGGCCGAACCAAGAGGAGAAGAGAAGAUCACUCUAAAAACGUCCAAAUGGUCAAAACCAUUUGAUUUUGAAAUGGGGGGUGAAAUCCAUAGCUAAUUUGUAAACAAUAAAUAUUGAUACAUUACUAGCUAACAGUUAAUCUGCAAAAAUGCCAAGUUCAUUUGUGGGUGAUGGUGAUUUCAGAACCAACGUGGGGGGACAAAAUGGGCUACAUUGCCCCCCCUAAUCUGAUAGUGGUAGUGAGUGGUAGAUGCUUAGUCUCCUUUAUGGUAUCAGCUCAGGUGCCUACAGUACAUACACCAUAGACAUACAUCAUCAUUCACACACGCAAACAGUAGUCAGCUCAGACAGAUCCAGCUCAGACAGAUCCAGCUCAGACAGAUCCAGCUCAGACAGAUCCAGCUCAGAGAGGCCCAGCUCAGAGAGAUCCAGCUCAGAGAGAUCCAGCUCAGAGAGAUCCAGCUCAGAGAGAUCCAGCUUAGACAGAUCCAGCUCAGACAGAUCCAGCUCAGAGAGGCCCAGCUCAGACAGAUCCAGCUCAGAGAGGCCCAGCUCAGACAGAUCCAGCUCAGAGAGGCCCAGCUCAGACAGAUCCAGCUCAGAGAGAUCCAGCUCAGACAGAUCCAGCUCAGAGAGAUCCAGCUCAGACAGAUCCAGCUCAGAGAGGCCCAGCUCAGACAUAUCCAGCUCAGAGAGGCCCAGCUCAGACAGAUCCAGCUCAGAGAGAUCCAGCUCAGACAGAUCCAGCUCAGACAGAUCCAGCUCAGAGAGGCCCAGCUCAGGAGCUUCAUCAGCAGCAGAUUGUAAUUUACAAUGGAAAAGGAAUCUGUUUAUGCAACAAAUGUUAGUGCAUCGCAUCGAACCAAAUCGCAUUGAUUCGCUCUCUAAUCAAACUAAAAGGUGUGGUAUCGGAGCCCAUGUAUCUAGAUACGUAUCGAAUCGUCCUGAAAGGGAAAGACGCACAUCCCUACUGACUCUACUACUGUCUUCUUCCCCCACUGUAUUCUCUCUGUAGUGACAGUGGUGCAGAUGGGACCCGGGCCUCCAGCUCUAAUGACUCUCACUACAGCGGCUCCCGUGUUGAGACCCCUGUG